CACGCUAUAAAGUAAGCGAGAGCAUGGGGAAAUGAAGAAAAAGCAGCAGCAGCAGCGGCGUGGGUACAUAGAAAGAUUUCGUGUAAAUGUUCAGUUUAAUACAGCUAAAAAUGACUACUUGUUUGGUACGUACAUUCCCGGAGAAUCCGUCUCGGGAACAGUGGACAUCACGAACACCAAACCAAUACCAAUUAAAGCCAUCAAGGUAACCUGUCGCGUCUGCUGUGGCGUCAGCCCUCAAAAACAUUCCAGGUCAUGGCAGGCAGAGGAGCAGUAUUUCAAGAGCACUGUUACAGUCGCCGACAAAGGCACUCUAGAGAAAGGCUCACAUUCCUUCCCAUUCACCUUUCUCACACCAGCCACUGUUCCUACCAGCUACGGGGGAACCUAUGGCAGUGCUGAGUGCGCACUCGAAGCCAGCAUCGACUCUCCUCUCGUUUCAACGACAUCGAGGGAGUGCUCUUUUCUGAUCCUAAAUCCCCUGAACCUCAACGAUUUGCCAAAUAUUCAGGAUACAAAUUCUGUGACCAAGGAUUUCAGCGACAUGAAAAAUGGCACGAUUGUGCUGAAAGCCACCAGUGACCAGCGAGGGUAUACGAAUGGCCAGGUCAUUCACCUGGAGACAGAGAUCGAGAACAAAGCGGGGGAAGCCACAAGUACUGUGGUGGCAAAAUUCAUGCAGAAAGAGACCUAUCUGACCAAGACUCCCAUCCAUGCUAUGAAGACCAUCGCCACGAUCGAGGGAACCGGGGUGGUUGGCAACAACAAGGCCAAGUGGAGAGAGGAGAUCAGAGUGCCAUGUCUGCCGCAGUCUCGUCUACAAAGCUGUUGUAGGCUCAUCGACAUAGAAUAUUACAUCGAGGUGUCCCUGAAGUCCCCAGAGGUUUCAGUGACCCUCCCCAUCAUCAUUGGAGAUAUCCGUCUGACCACCGCCAACAGCACUCCACCGCUGCCAGUGCCGGAAGAAGCCCAGGCAGACUCCCCCUCUACCCCCCAGGCAGACUCCCCCUCUACCCCCCAGGCAGACUCCCCCUCUACCCCCCAGGCAGACUCCCCCUCUACCCCCCAGGCAGACUCCCCCUCUACACACCAGGCAGACUCCCCCGCUACCCCCCAGGCAGACUCCCAGGCACAGACUCUCUCCACCCACCAGGCAGACUUUCCAACUCCAACCCCCAGACGCCGAUGCAGGCGUCUCUGCGGCUGCUUCUCCUUCUCCCGCACCCCUUCCCCUGCUGACCGUCCAGAGGCUGACAUGAUGCCACAGGCAGACAUGAUGCCACAGGCGGACACAAUCCUGACCAAGAGCCACUCCCAGUCUCAGGACUGCCCGCCCUCACCCCAUGCCUACUAUAGAAUGAUUUCUCUCCAGACCUACGGUUCCAGAGACUUCUUUGUUUUGUAGUCACCUGUUAUGCACACCGUUAUGACUUAUGGGGAACAAUCCCACUUCACUGAAUGUAGCACUUUAAUGUAUUUAUAUGAUGUGUUUGUGCACCGUGUUCACAAAUGUAUGAAAUGGCCUCUAAAGCUUGCCACUGCCGUAGUAAUGACUAUGCCUGAUGCAUUUAUUUUUGUAUAAGUGCCUUUUAAUGGGAGGAGGACCAGGCUUUGAACACUGAACAUUUCAAUGCUUUUGAAAUGGGUACAAGUUGCAUUUGGUGGUAUAGACGUCUCUAUGUUUGAAACCCACUGUUAUCUGCCUUAAACCAUUAGUGGUAUAGAGCUUCUUUGCUUGAAAAAUGCUAAUUGUGGUGAUUGUAUUUAAUACAUCUCAAUAAAUGAAAUAUGCUUUGUUGCACA